UUUGUUACUGAUGAACUAAUCAAACUCUUAGCUGACAGAACUAGGAAUCUGCGGCGCAUUCGCAUCUCAAAAUGCCCAAAAAUUACAGAUGAAGUAUUUAGUGAAGCUGUAAAAAAGUUUUCACUAUUAGAGGAGCUCGAACUUUCAUUCAACGACGAAUUAACCAAGGAUUCUCUUGAAGCAAUCGGCCAAAACUGUCCUCUUUUAAAGACACUGAAAUUCAACCAACCAUACAAAGGCAUUAAUUGUAGGUCAUACAAAGGUUACAAAAGCAACAAAGAAGCACUCGCUAUUGCAAAAACAAUGCCCGGACUACGACAGCUUGAGCUUUGGGGAAAUAAGCUUACCAAUGAUGGCUUAGUUGCUAUUCUUGAUGGUUGUCCUUACCUUGAAUCUCUUGAUAUUCGUAUGUGUUACAAUCUAGUUUUGAACGAAAAUUUGGCGAAAAGGUGUUAUGAGAAUAUUAAAAAUUUUAGGUAUCCUAAUGAAUAUAUAGACGAACAUGAUGAUGACGACGACGAUGAUGAUUUUACUUAUGAGUUUUAUUGUGAAUGUAUUUUCAGAGGAAGCAAAGGAAUGAAGGGGAGGAAGAUCAAAUAUGUGGAUUUUUAUAAGUUUCAUUAA